UCUUGUGUCAAAAUACAAAUAUUUAAGGUGGUUGGAGCUCUAUAACAAGAUGAUGGAGAACCAGAACCAGAAAACACAAAGUUGGUUAGAAAAGGCAACACCGUUCAUAGCUAUCUUGUCUUUGCAGUUAGGAUAUGCAGUUAUGGAUGUUUUAUCGAAGGCUGCAUUAAAUAAAGGAAUGAGCAACUAUGUUUUCGUUGUGUACCGCCAUGCCAUUGCAUUCAUUGUCAUAACUCCUUUUGCACUCUAUUUUGACAAGAAAGUAAGACCGAAAAUGACAAUUUCAAUCUUCAUCAAGAUAGCGGCGCUCAGUUUGUUAGAGCCAGUUAUUGAUCAGAAUUUGUAUUUUUUGGGGCUGAAAUAUACAACGGCAACCUUUGCAGCUGCCAUGAGCAAUAUUCUUCCUGCUAUUACCUUCAUAUUAGCUUCAAUUCUUAGGCUUGAGAAAAUAAAGAUAAAAAGUAUACGAAGCCAAGCAAAGAUAUUGGGAACAAUAGCUACUGUUGCAGGUGCGAUGGUGAUGACAUUAGUUAAAGGGCCGAUACUUUUAGAGACCUUCGGAGGCAAGAGCCACAUCCAUCAUAGUGGGGGUACAAGUAGUAAUCAACAUACAAUACUUGGAUCUGUAUUGAUCACCAUUGGAUGCUUUAGUUGGGCUUGUUUUUUUAACCUUCAAGCUAUUACCCUUGAAGCCUACCCUGCGGCACUCUCUCUUUCCUCAUGGAUAUGCCUAUUGGGUACAAUUGAAGGUGCAGCAGUGGCUUCAAUAAUGGAAUGGGGUCGUCCCUCAGUUUGGUCCAUAAAAUGGGAUAUGAGAUUAUUGUCUACUCUUUAUACGGGCAUAUUCUGCUCAGGUCUAGCGUAUUACUUUCAAGGAGUAGUGAUGAAAGCUAGAGGUCCAGUUUUUGUCACAACAUUUAGUCCCUUAUGUAUGGUGAUUGUUGCUAUCAUGGGAUACUUCCUUCUUGCAGAGCAAAUGUUUUUGGGAAGAGUGAUUGGUGCAUUUAUCAUUUGUUUGGGCUUGUACCUUGUUGUGUGGGGAAAAAGCAAAGAUUACAAUAAUCCAUCAAAUCCAAUUAUUGGAGACUCUGUUUUACCGACUAAGCAAACUACGGGUGAAAAUUGUGCUUAAAGUACGUGAACAAGUGGUAGAGUGUAUUUUUAGUAUUUUUUUUAUGUUGUUGAAUUUUGGAUUUUAUAUUUAAUUUUGGAUUUUAUAUUUAUAUAAUAUAAUAUAUGUACGUCAACAAGUACAAAAUGACUUACUAAUAAUUAUUAUUAUUAUUGAAAUGUCAAUGUUCAAUUUUAAUUAUCAUUAUCACGA